AUGCCAAGUAUUAUUCUACAAAUCAGAGCACUUUUAGUGAAAAAUUUCACAUAAUCCUUUAGAAAUAAAGAAUAUAUUUCUGAUUUAGCAUUGCCUGUAGUAACAGCAAUUAUAGUCUCUUUAAAAGAUUAAUUAGAAUUCUUAGGAUUUUUCGCUCCUUUAUUUUUAUCAAUAGCAGUUAGCACACCUCCUAGAUCAUUAUUAAUUAAUCUUGUUGAAGAGAAGAGUGAAAGAUUCAAAGAGUCUUAAAAGAUAAUGGGAAUGAAAUAAAGAUCUUAUUUAAUUGGAUGGAUUAUGUAUGGUUACAUAAAAACAUUGAUGGUAUAAAAAUUAGAUAUAUUUAAUAGAGUACAAUAUUUUUAAUAUUCUUUUGGUGGCUAUUGACAUUGAUUAUAAAUGAUGGAGAUUAUGGAUUUAAGACAGAAUCAUAUAAAAUAUUCUUAACCUAUUUUUUAUAUAGUAGUACAGUACUUAAUUUUUCAUUGGCAAUGUCAACAGUGUUUUCUAGUCCUAAAUUAGCAAAUGAAGUUUCAACUUUUGUAACAAUACUGUCAAUUCUACUUACAUUUUUGGUGUUUUUAUCAAGUAUCCAAAAGUAUUUAUAUUAAUAAUAAUAAUAAUAGUUCAUCUCUAUUCUACUAUUGUAUGUCGAUAUUUCCAUAAUCUUCAAUAAGUUUUAUAUAUAUGGGUGCAUUAAAGAAAGGGUUUUUCAAUUCCUAAGCUAUAAGUACAGCAUAUCCAUUAUCAAAUGCAGCAUUGUAAUUAGGUAUAGAAUCAAUUUUAUAUUUCCUCUUAUUUUUUUAUUUGGAUUAAGUAUUUCCAAAUGAAUAUGGAGUAGCUAAACAUCCAUUAUUCUUUUUAUAAGGAUUAUUUGGGAAAUCAAAGAAAAAUAAAUUGAAUGAUUCAUUAUUAGAUGAUGAUAAUUCUCAUGAUCAUAAUGAAGAUUAUAGUAGUGCAAUUUAUCAUCAAAAAUUAAAUAUAUAGAAAAAAUGUACAGUUUCUAUUAAGAAUUUAACAAGGAAAUUUGGUGAAUUUAAAGCUGUUGAUAAUUUAACAAUUAAAUUAUAUGAAUAAGAAAUUCUAUGUUUAUUAGGACAUAAUGGUGCUGGUAAGACUACAACAAUUAGUAUGUUAACUGGAAUGAUUGAGAAAACAAAAGGAACAAUAUAAAUUAAUGGAAUAGAUUUAGAAGAGAAUAUAGAUGCUAUAAGAGAAAAUGUUGGUAUAUGCACAUAAAGAGAUGUUCUUUAUAAUUCUUUAAAGGUUAUAGAAAUGCUUAUUUUCAUGGGUAGAGUCAAAGGAUUAGAGGGUUUGGAUUUAUAAUAAGAAAUAAAUGAGAUCAUAGAAGUUACUGAAUUAGAAGAGGAUAGAUAUAAAUUAAUUAAAGAAUUAAGUGGAGGUAGUAAAAGAAAAUUAUCAUUGGCUAUUGCAUUGAUUGGUGGAUCUUCAGUUAUUUUCUUAGAUGAACCAACAAGUGGUAUGGAUGCAUAAUCAAGAAGAAUUAUUUGGGAGAUUUUAUAGAAAGUUAGAUAAUAAAAUAGAACUAUGAUAUUAACUACACAUCAUUUAGAUGAAGCUGAAGUAUUAGCUGAUAGAAUAACUAUUAUGGCAGCAGGUAAAUUAUUGGCUUGUGGUAAAUGUGAUUAUAUUAAAACAAAUUUUGGAGAAGGAUAUCAUUUAUCUAUUACAAGUUAGAAUUAAUAAAUUUUAUAGAGUUGUUCUGAUUAAGUAUUAUCAAUUAUCUAAGAAGCUUAACUUGAUCCUUAAUCUUAAUCAGAUACUAAGAUAUUUUUAAUACCUUUCAAAAGUAAAUAAAAAUUAGAUUAAUUAAUUGAAACAAUUACUAAAUAAUAUAAAAAUGACAUUGUUAUUAAUCUAAAAUUAAAUUCUUUGGAAGAUGCAUUCAUUAAUAUUGGAAUGGAUGAAGAGAAAUUUAUCAAAAAAGCUAAAGGAAGUAAAGCAAGUGUAAAUGAUAGUGAUAUUGCUAUGGAAUAAGAAGUUGAAUAAUAAAGAGAUAUUAAAAUUCCAAAGUGUUUAAAUGAUCCACCUGUUUAUUCAUUCAAAUCAUAAUUUACUGCUAUCUUUUUAAGAAAGUUUUACACAACUUCAAGAACAUUCAGUAAUUAUAUUUCAAUUGUAAUUCCUUUUACUUUGAUAGUUAUUGGUACUUUAAUUAUUGAUGAAAUCAAUUUAGAUUUUCUUAAAGAUAAUAAAAAUUUAGAGUAAUAUUUUAAAUUAGUGCUUAUUUCAUUAUUUGUAAUAUUAGCAUUUUGUUUUAAUUCCUCUUUAUUUAUCACAUUACCAGUAUUAGAGAGAGAAUUUAAUUUAAAAUAUGCUUUAACAGUAAUGGGUUGUAGAGUAUUACCAUAUUGGAUAGGUACUUAUGCAUUUGACUUUUUACUUUACUCAUUUUUUGUUUUAACAUUUGUUAUAUUCAGUUACAUUAUGUAAUUAUCAUUUGUUACUGAUCAUAUGGGAUAUGUUGUAUUUGCAUUUGUUACUUUUGGUUUUGCUUAUAUAUCAUUUUCAUAUUUUGCUGGUAUUUUAAUGUAUAAGAAAACAUCUACUGCUAUGAAGACCUUCCCAUUCUUAAACUUUUUUAUCAUUUAUUGUAUGCCUUAAAACUUUUGGGGUAUUUGUGCUUUAUUAUGGUAAAAGGGUAUAGGAAAUGCAGAUUUCAUAGAAUUUUUAAUAAAAGCUAUUGAAUGUAUAUUUUCAUUUUUAAGUCCAUUUUUUGCAUUUUAAAGAGCUUUCUAAAAUAUUAUAAAAAUAGAUGUAAGUCCUAACAAUGAUCAACCACCUCCAUUAACUACUGAAACCCUUUAUUAUUCUAUUGCCAUGCUUUAUUAAGGAAUUAUUUUCUUCUUUUUAACACUUUAUUUAGAAGGUAAAUAAUUCAAGAAGGUAGGUAAUAAUUUAGAUAAUAAUGAUGUAAAGAGAAGUGUUAGAGUUGAUCAAUAAGUUAUAGAAUAAGAAAAAAAUUUAUUAAAAUCAAAUGAUCCUGUAAAAAUGUAUAGAUUAUAAAAAGUAUAUGAUAAUGGUUGUGUUGCACUUCAAAAUGUAAGUGUAUCAAUAUAGAAAUAAAAAAUCCUUGGACUUCUUGGACCUAAUGGAUCUGGAAAAUCAACUAUUUUUAAUAUACUUACAUCUUUAAUUAAUAAAAGUGGUGGAUAUGUUAAAAUAAAAAAUUAAGAAGUUCAUAGAGGAAAACAUGAGAUAUUUUAAGAUGUAGGUAUAUGUCCAUAAUUUGAUUGCAUUUGGGAGAAUUUAACACCAAAAGAACAUUUAUAUUUAUUUGGUAGAAUGAAAGGAUUAUCUGGAGAAGAUUUAACAGAGUCAGUUACAUACUUUUUGUAAACAAUGCAAUUAGAAGAGUAUAUAAAUAGAUAAAGUGGUCGAUUAUCAGGUGGAAACAAAAGAAAAUUAUGUGUUAGUAAUGCUUUAAUUGGAGGACCAUGCAUUUAAUUCUUUGAUGAACCAAGUACAGGUGUUGAUCCAAUAGCCAGAAGAUUUUUGUGGAGAACUUUGAAAUUGGGAGUUCAGUUAAGACAAAGUAGUGUGAUGUUAACAACUCAUACUAUGGAUGAAGCUGAAAAUUUAUGUGAUAAGAUUGCAAUUUUAGUAAAAGGAUAAGUAUAUUGUUUGGGAAGUCCAUAAGAAUUGAGAAUAAAAUAUGGAGAUGGUUAUGAUAUACAAUUAAGAGAGUAUAAGAAUAAACAAGAGAUCAUACAAUUUCUUAAUAAGCAAUUCUAAAAUAUUGCAGAAAUUCCAUAAAAGGAUUAAGAAAAUUUAUAAUUCCAUGUAAUUUAUAUUGAUUUAUUUUUAUUAGAUUCCAAGUUAAUCUUUCGAUUUCCACAAAGCCUAUUUCUCAUUGACGGAACUUGUAUAAAAGAAAUUGAUCCAUGAUUUCUCAAUCAAUUAAUCAUCUUUAGAAUCAGUAUUUUUGUAAUUUUCAAAAUCCCAACAAGAUUAAUAUAAUUGA